AUGCAAGUUUUCGUGCGCUCAUAUGCGGGGGAAUCCCUCCCUGUCGAGGUCUCGGCAACCUCGACUGUGCUCGAGCUGAAGCAGCACCUGGAGGCACGCUUAGGCGUCGCUGCUUCUCUCCAGCGCCUCUGCUUCGGCGUGUUAGCCCUCGAUGACACCGCAACGCUCGAGGAUGCAGGAGUAGAGGAGGAAGCAACUAUUUUCCAGAGCCUAGAGCUUCUUGGAGCAGGGAAGAAGCGCAAAAGAAAGACCUACACAAAGCCAAAGAAGGAAAAACACAAGAAGAAGAAAGUAAAACUUGCGGUUCUGAAGUUUUACAAGGUCGAUGGCAACGAUAAGGUGACCCGUCUUCGCAAGGAAUGCCCAGCUAAGUCCUGCGGCAGCGGGGUGUUCAUGGCACAGCACGAAAACCGCAACUAUUGCGGCCGGUGCGGUGUCACUUACAUUCUGAACGCUGGGGGAGAGCAGUAA